CGUGUAUUUGAAACAACGGAAUUAAUAUAAUUACUACAAAAGUAGUUUUUAAAUUAUGUCAACGACUAACGAAAACCGAUAUAAAUACAGUAAAACGAGUAGGUACAUUAUUUUAGAUUUGUUCUAAGUUUCAAAACUAGAAUUAAGAAUAGCUAAGUGAUAACUGAAUAUUUAAGCACUCCUGAUCAAUACAAUGUUUUUGUAAGUCAAUCUUGUAAUCUAAUAUGAGAGGGUAAUGUGGAUUAAAAAUUAAAAGUACAUAAAGCUGUGAAGCAGUAAUGCGUUUCGGUUUGAAGGAUGGGGCAGCCGUUGUAACUACACUUGAGACCUUACAACUUAUAUCUCAAGGUGGGUGGCGCAUUUACGUCGUAGAUGUGUAUGGGCUCCAGUAACCACUUGACAACAGAUGGGCUGUGAGCUCGUCCACCCAUAUAAGCAAUAAAAAAAACAUAAAUUGUAACAGAUGUUAUAUUAUACACACUAAAACCGUUUAAUUUUUUUGAAAUGAUUCAACAAUUUAAACUAAUUUUAAAUUAACUUUAAAUAUUUUGCAGUUUUAGUUGUAAAGGUAUACUUUAAACAAAUUUCGAAACAAGAAACGAUGAUAUUCAAACAAAUUUAUACGAAACCCGAAAAGAAUCAACAUUGAGUCGCGUCACGCAAAUGAAAACGCGACUUUAUUCUGAAUAAUUUUACCUGAAAAUUCGUAACUUGCAAAACGUUUGUAGGUUCGCCAGUCGCGAUCGAAUAGCCGUCCGGAUACUAACGUUUAUAAUACUUACUAACGUUUAAGGCAACAACACUUACGAUGUAAUUUUGACUAAGUGAAAUUAUUGUUUAAAUGUUUACCUUACGCUCGCAGCGUUUGCGUAGAAGGCUGAGUGCUCCUACGUCGGGGUCUCUACGGCGGAGAGCACGGGAACGCAAGAAAGCCGAACAGACGAGGAUCGAAGGAGAACAACUAGCGAGGGAGCGACGUGAGCAAAGAACCAGAGAAAAAUUAAAAAGUCAACUUAAAGCUCAAGCAGAGCUGGCUUCGUAUGCGCCAUGGGGUAAAGCGGGCGGAGGGGCACCCAAUCCGCGUGGUGUGCGCUUCAGUAACUUGCGAGCUAAGGGGAUUUUUCCCGAAGACGAACUAAGGGGAGUGUCAUUACAGGAGGCUUGUCAUCGUUGGACAACAUCGCAGCAACGCAGUAGGCGUCAGACUCCAAUACGUCUGCGCGAGGACCCGCAAAUUUUGUACGCAGAAAAUCUCCGCAAAAGCGUCGACAAUGAUAUCCGUUACAAACAAGCCCCGGCACAGCAAAUGGUUUACAAAAAGAUUCUAGAUGACAUGGUUGAUAAAAGGAAGAAAGCGGAAAAAGCCGAAAACAAACGCGAAUUGGAAUACGAAAAGAGAUUGCUUGCAAUGGACGGACCAUGGGGAAAACCAGGUCCUGGAGGCACGAUCUGGAGGAAUCCUCGAAAUAUUGGUUUGAACUUUUCAAAGUCCAUGGGAUGGACAAACAAUGAAAUUUUCACUAAACUGAAAGGGGAUCAUCGACAACUUAAGAGAUCUUCGCUAACUUUGCCCACUGUAAAGAGAGAUGAUGAUUACUAUAAAGACGAAGGGGACACUGAAGCUGCAAAGGGCGACGUUACAAAACUACCUAACAUCGGUGACAGCCCUAAGAGCGGACGUCAUCAACUUAAAUUUUUGAAUGAAAAUAUAAAGAAUUCAAAUGAUACAAUCACAAGAAGCAAACGUAGUUCAAAAAAGCUGAAAUUUAUUAAGAGGUUGUCUAACGGUGAGCGAUUGAAACGAAUAUUUCCGGGAGACGAUGAUUCGCACAAUGAGAGUCAUGAUGGCGAAAUAUCGAACGAUAAAAAGCUUACGCCCGAAGGAGCUAUACUGAGAUUGACAGGGGGCGUGGAGCUAGUGCCACUACUGGCGCGAAGGAGGCGGGUCGGAGCCCGUACUCUGCCGUCCAGUGACGUAACUCGUCCACCGGAACAACCAUGCCAAUGGCGUGAAUUACUGAAUGUUGAUUACUUGAGGGAACUCAAGCAUCAAAUGCGAGUGAAAUGUGAAAAAAAAGAGGAAAUUCGUCGCAACUCUGCUGAGAGUGUGAAGCAGCACCACGUGACUUGGGCAUCUCUAUGGGGUCGUCCGGGACACGGGGCACCGCAACAACGGGGCCGAUACGCUAGAAGCAACCUCGCUCAAAUAUUAUACGUUGCACCUUUAGCUCAAUCUUAGGUAUAAAAGAAAAAAUCACAGACACAUCAACAUUUUUAAUUUAAAAAAAUAUAUAUAUUUAUGCCGACAAAAUUUCCUACAUAAAUCUGUAUCUAGGGUAGUAAAACUAAUCAACAUAAUAAUAUGUGUAUUUGCUUGACAUUAAAGGUGCAUAGAACAGUAGUUCAGAACUCAUAUUGUCCGAUUAGGAGUCGUUUUAAAUAAAUUCAUUCAUUUUAUUACUACCAAAACAAACACAUCCACCGCCUUGCCUUUAUUUUGAUCACAUUCCAAGAACAAAAAAAAUGUAAUUUAAAUUUAAAUUGAAAAAAUAUCCACAAAACGACUCUCUGUGACGAUGAUCCGAAAGGCAAUAUCAUGUUACGUUAAUUAAUUCUAUGACUUUUAUUUCGAUUGUGCGUGCCUGUCCCCUUUGUUACAAGCGCUAUCUUACUCUUAAAUGGUUUUUCUUUAAUGGAACUUAAUUUUUUUAUAGUAACUGGUGUGAACUUUUACAAUUUGUCUUAAAAUAUUUAAAAAUAUAAGUAACAUGCUAAAUACUUAGUACGUUUUGUGAUAUGACAUUUUUUAUUGUUGUAAAACACAAAUUGCAAUAUAGAAACGCCUAGUUCAUAUUUGAAAGAGUACAAAAUGUUAUUCUUCAGUGCUCUUGGGAACAUGACAUUUAUAAGAACUGUAACAGUAUUAGUUUCGGAUUGUAUCGAUAGCAUCACAUAAUAUUGUGUCUUCAAUUUGGGUGGUGUCGUGUCGUUCAAUUAGAGUUGACAAUAAUCAAUGAAGUUAUAGGGUAGUUGGAUAGUAGUCUUUUCUUAUGUAAAUUCUAGCGUUCACCCGUGUAAAUUAUAUUAUAAUAUAAUAAUCCCUUGCGGUCUUAAGAAUAAACUUUAAAUCCAAUACGUGUGGACUCUGGACCUCAAAGACUUAAUAUUCCCCACGGGCUUGAGUACAUAUACAAUUAAUUGAGAUUUAGCCAAACCUCAUGUCUGAAAGUGUGGUCGCCACCCUACACUAUGUCUAUGAAUAACCAUAACCGCUUAAUACCAAGUUGGUUGAGAGCUCGUUCAACCAUUUGAGCAAUAAUAAAUAUACAUUAUAAUUUUUGUGUUCAGUGCUUAGAUGGGUAGACCAGUUCACGGCUCACUUGGUGUUAAGUGGUUACCGAACCCUGUAGACCUCUAUAAAGUAAAUGCCAUCACCCACCUCGAGAUAUCACUUUUAACGUUUUUAGAGUACAAUGGCCGCCCCACCCUUCAAACCGAAACACAUUACUGCUUCUCGGAAGGCAUAGGCAGGGUGGUGGUACCUACCCGUGUGCAGUCACCAGACGCCCUACUACCAGUAAAAUGUACAUGUAAAUGUGUCCAUAAAAAUAUCCCCCGAGAUUAUUUUUUUAUAGAUGUAAGGUACCUUAUGUUCUUUAGUGUGUCAUGAUGACAUGUACGCAUAAUUUUAGUAUGAUACCUUGAUAAGUUUAGACCUGAAAGCGUAAUAAACAAAUAAACACACUUUCGCAUUUUUUCAUAUUAAGAACGGAAGUACCUAUGGGUUUAUGUUAUUUGAUCAGUAGGGUCAAAAAAGAGAGAUUAUACGACAAUCUUUGAGAAUUAAUUAUAAAAACUAGAGGUCCCGCAGUAGUCGAAAUUCGACUAUAAUUAAUUGGAAUUCUAAGUUUGUACACUAUUAUGAUUGUAUUUUAUACUUCUAUAAUAACAAAUUUCACCAAGACUACACUAUAAAAAUAUUAACAAAGACAAACAAUAUUUAAUCUAUUCUCAAUUUGACAAUAGACGUCAAGAACAAAAGCUUGACAAUAAAAUGCGUGUGUGCGUCAAAUACAUGGUAUGUAGUGUGUAUAAUGUUUUCUUUAUUGAUUUAAUGUAUCUUUUAUGCAUUAUUUUAAAAAUAUAUUAGCAUUGUGCACUUCUUCUCUAUAUUUUCUAUAAGUGUGGAAAGUUUCAUACUCCUCCGUCCGCGCAAUUUUCGUAAAAAGGGAUACAAAGUUUUUGCUUCACGUAUUAAUAUUAUAAAAAUAUCUGCUCUAAUACCAAAAAUUAUUAUUAUUUAAUUAUUAUCGUUGUAUUCAACGCAAGUCACGAAUGUAACUCGACUUGUUCACUACCUUUUUAUCUCCGAAUAUAUAUUUGAUGUUUUGAUUGAUAUUACACAAUACAUUCCUGUGGUUAUUGAGUAACAAUGCAUAGCGAUGCGCUCGAGUUGAUUGUGAUCUGUGGUUAAUGGAAUCAAUGCAACAGGUGAAAGAUUUUCCAGCACGUACUCUCCACUCGGACAGUGACUCGACAAGAUCAUUUCUCUGCAUAGUAAUAAACUACUUAUGCAAUUGUGGAUGCACGCGUAUUGAUUGUGCUUCACGGACUUAAAAAAUAACAUAGCGCAUUGCGUGGUUACCGGUAGUAGCGUAUGUUGAACUUGAGUUGACUCAAUUCUCCUACCCAUACCGUAAAAUAGUUUCCUUGCAAUAAGGAAGACGUUACUGAAAUGCCUUUGCGACGGUAGAUCGUUAUUAUUAAGAUAUAAAAAUAUUAUAUGUUAUAAUUAAGCAUAGUCUCAUUGAAUUCGCAAAAAAUUGUCGACAAGUCAAUAAUGUAACUUUUGUCAAAGCACUUGUUGAUAUCUAGGUCAGUGUUCAUUGGCAUGAGCUCGUUCUGGUUUAAUUGGAAAAGGGUAAAUGAUGCAAUGUGACAUUAAGACGAUGCGCGAGCUACUUUUGGCCAUAAUUAUAUUUUAGCUUUUCCCCCCUCGAAUAAUGACACUAGAACUUUAUACCACAUGGUCUAUAAAUUAUUGCCUUGUCGUUUUUUUUUUUCACAGAAUAUUUAAUAAAGUUUGUUUUGUUUAUAAGUAAACUCAGUUUAUCGGUAUAGUCCACAUCAAAUUCUUGUACUUUUUAAUUUUCUAGUUAAUAAUAAUAAUAAAUUAAUUUAACUAAAUGUUGCAUUGUUUAUAAUAAGUUAUACAGUACAGGUGUGUAAAAAAUUUAUAAUUUUAACUCGGAAAUAUUUGAAAAUCUGCUAUGUAUGUAAAAGUCGAUGUGUAUUCCCUAUUGAUUUUGAAAUGCCUGGACCAAUUUCGAUGCAGAUCGAUUUUGACCUAACGGGUAAUCCCGUGAAGUUCAGUGGCGAUCGGAUUAAUGUCCAAUCAAAGGUUGGCCAUUAAAGGGGGCCGGCCGGAUUUGAUUAGUAAUAAUUAACGCACUAUGAUUUUGGUACACUUGGUUAAUCUAGCUCCAAUCCUAUUAUAUUCGAACAGGUACAUACGACAUACAUAUCAUAAAAAGUACAUAUUUAUAGAUUGUCGUUUUCAUGAAUAACUCUUACAAAAUUUUAUCCGAAUGUUGAAGGGUGUUACUAGCAUAGCAUGUACCAAUAAAGUUGACAAAUGUUUUUAUGUAGAUAAACGUUGGUAGAUAGUAUGUAACGAUGUAGGUAAAUAAACAUGUAAGAUGAAAUAAACAGCGUUCUUGAAUUUAAUCUUUAAUUAAUUAUUAUUAAUUAAAUUAAAAUGAAAUGAAAUUAAUUUCAAGGUGGGUGGCGCAUUUACGUUGUAGAUGUCUAUGGGAUCCAGUAACCACUUAACAUCAAGUGAGCUGUGAGCUCGUCCACCCAUCUAAGCAAUAAAAAAAAAACAUUGAAGAUAAUUCUUAACAGAGCUUCGCGGGUGUGCGGCCUACGCAGCCUGUGAAGGAAUUAUGUGGUUUCCCGAAAAAACUUCCAUGCCAGAAAUUAUUUAAGCUAAAGGAAAUAUGGUGAUCGGUUAGGAAUGAGGAAGAUGAUAUCCUUCUUUGAAAAGCUUAAUUACGUCGGGGUCACCAGUUUGGAAAGUUUAAUUAGGUCGGCGUCAUUAGUUUGGAAAGCUUAACCACGAAAGGAAGAUCUUCCACUGAACUUGUAUAAAUUCUAACUUAUUUUGAAAAUGUCAUGAGAUUCAUACAUUUGUUAAAUACCUUGUGUUCUGUGAUGGCUACCCGCCUCAGUCCUGACUUAAAAGUUAGAGCGUAUACAGAAUGAUGCGACCAUGCGAGGUUUCAAAUCCCAUAGACGAGUACCAAGGCUUUAAUAAGGAAAUAAACAACGAACGACAGUGAAAGAAUAACAUCGUCUAAUGAAAAUAAAAUCGUAAAAUUCACAAAAAAAAUCGAUGAUGUUGGUUCGUGUUGUAAGUUCGUCAUGUUUCAUCCUUCAUCCAUCAUCAUCACCCUUCAUGUUUCUGCCAUUGUAGGCAGCGGCUUGGCUCUGACAUUGACUGACAUUGUUCGUUCUUGGGCGACGGUCACCACUCACCACCAGAGGGGCCGUAGCUCCACUGCCUACAAGGGCAAUAAAAAAAACGAAACAACCAUCAGAUCCAGCUUAAAAGGUGGGAUAGCCAUUAUAAACUUGAUACUUCAUGUAACAAAGUGGAUGGCUGCAUUAAUGCUGUUAUAUUUAUGAGUAACAUAUCUCAGAUAGUUACUGAACACGAAACAAACAUGAGCUUAAGCAAUAGAGAGCAAUAAGAAAAAAUUAAAUAUAAAACUAGUUCUGUAAAUAAA